AUGAGCUUCAAGCAUCCGUCAGAGAGCAGGCUGGACCCCUCGGUAAUGCCUGUAGCAGGUCUUCCGAGCUCGCAGGCCGCCAAAUCCACCUUCCGCGGCGCCCCGAUCGUCAACGACUGCGUGUACACCAACGGCGGCGCGCGCGAGCACGUCACGCUGCUCCCGAGCAUCCGCCGCAUGUCCGGCGACGCGCGCUCGCUGCCCUCGACCCUCCGCCGCAACGACAUCUCCGGCGCCGUCCCGCGCGUCACGAUCCCGCUUCGCACCGGCCGCUUCACCAGCCCACUCGACCCUGACUACGUCCUGCCGUCGCCGGGGGCGUUCGUGCCGGUGCCGGGGCGGUUCAGGCAGGUCCGUCCGAGCGCGACGAUCACGCGGCGGGACAUCUUCGGCGCCGCGCCGCAGCCGCGGACGAACGUGCGGUCGCCGACUGCGGCGCAGCAGGUGGAGGCGCUGGCCACGGCGGUGCGGGCGCCGCGGACAAGGGCGCCGGCGAAGCACCCGAUGUGGAGCCUGAACACCAAGGACAUCACGGGGGCGCAGCCGCGGACGUACUGGUCGCCGCUUGACCCGCGCUCGCAUUACAAGCGAUCGGAGAUGCUGGACCGGUCGCUGAAGGCGGAGGACAUCUGCGGCCCCCCAAAAGCGCUCCUGGCGCACGGCACCAAGAACGUCGCCGGAACAAUGCCCGGUGCCAAGCGCAUUACCGUCAUCAACCGGCCGCUCAACUUCAUCGAAGCGUUCGCGCUCUGA